AUGGCAGGGGCCGGGUUGAGUCGGGUUGGCUGGCCCAAGCUGGAUCGCUUUGUGAAAGCGAGUCUGUGCCUGUCUCCGAGGAAACACACCGGUACCCGGGAGGGCACGGCACUGACAGGAACCUGGCUGGUGCAGGGUGGUCGGCCGGGGACGAUCGCCAUGUCCCAGUGCGAGCAAAUGAGCUUGGCACAAAACGGCCAGAAAUCCGCGCAAGAAACCGGGGCAGGACUAAUCACGGCGCGGCCGACAGGGUUGUUUCGAUGGGCAUCGUGCGGGAGAGUGAGCGGUGGGUGCGGCUUUGGGGGGUAG